UCAGAUACCAAAUCCACUUUUAAAAUAUGUUUUUGUCUGUCUGGGUGUCAGCAUUGUCCAACGAAAUUUUGUCAGAGGCAGCAAAAUUCCUUUUCGAAUCGUGCAGUAUGAUGAAGCUACAAGAAGAUUGACAAACUCUAGGAGCCAAUUACUUCUCAAAUCAUAAUUAGAAAGUGAACAAUAAUCACAGGU